AUGAGUUGCCAACCUUUUACUUCAGCUGAUACCUUUAUUCCUCUGAAUUCUGACUCUUCUGCAACUCUGCCUCUGAUAAUGCAUCACAGUGCUGCUGAGUGUCUACCAGUCUCCAACCAUGCUACCAAUGUGAUGUCUACAGUCCCACCUAUUUUGUCUUUGAUCCAAACUCCUAAAUGUUUGCACACAUAUUUCUCGGUGACAACCUUGGGAAACACAGCGACGGGACUUCACUAUUCUGUUCCUUCCUGUCAUUAUGGAAACCAGCCAUCGACCUAUGGCGUGAUGGCAGGUAGCUUAACCCCUUGCCUCUAUAAGUUUCCUGACCACACCUUGAGUCAUGGAUUUCCUCCCAUGCACCAGCCCCUCCUGGCAGAGGACCCCACCGCCGCUGACUUCAAGCAGGAACUCAGAAGAAAAAGUAAAUUGGUUGAAGAGCCAAUAGACAUGGAUUCUCCGGAAAUCCGAGAACUGGAAAAAUUUGCCAAUGAAUUUAAAGUGAGAAGAAUUAAGUUAGGAUACACCCAAACAAAUGUCGGGGAGGCUCUGGCAGCUGUGCAUGGCUCUGAAUUCAGUCAAACAACUAUCUGCCGAUUUGAAAACCUGCAGCUCAGCUUUAAAAAUGCAUGCAAGCUAAAAGCAAUAUUAUCUAAGUGGCUGGAAGAAGCAGAGCAAGUAGGAGCUCUAUACAAUGAAAAAGUGGGAGCAAAUGAAAGGAAAAGAAAACGGAGAACAACUAUAAGUAUUGCUGCUAAGGAUGCUCUGGAGAGACACUUUGGAGAACAGAAUAAACCGUCCUCUCAGGAGAUCAUGCGGAUGGCUGAAGAACUGAAUCUUGAGAAAGAAGUAGUAAGGGUUUGGUUUUGCAACCGAAGGCAGAGAGAAAAACGGGUGAAAACAAGUCUGAAUCAGAGUUUAUUUACUAUUUCUAAGGAGCAUCUUGAGUGCAGAUAA